ACAAAAAGCAAAGCAAGAUAAUCUAAGAUCUUGCACAACACAAAAACUGUCUUCAAAAGCUGAAAUUCCAGGUUUAUGGGAUUUUAUUUGACAAGUGUAUUAUUUACUGAUUGUCAUUAAGCUUUACAGAGCUACCAAUGCAUUUUAAAUAUAAAUUAGGUAACAGCAAUAAAGUGGAAGCUGCUGUGAUGUCAUGUGUAGUUAGUCUGUAUUACAGAAUUAAAGAGUAAAUUGAUUCAGCUGUGGUAGAUACUUGGGCUUAAUUCUUAUCAAGCAAAUUUGAAGUAAUCAAUACAGUGUUGCCUAUUAAAAUACGGUACAAAAAUGAAAAGGAGUUUAUCUGACACUUCAACUCGCACCACAGCAGGUUGUCUGCCUGUACCACUGUUCAAUCAGAAAAAAAGAAAUAGACAGCCCCUCACUUCAAAUCCACUUAAAAAUGAGACAGGCUGGGGAACUGCGAACCCAGAAGGAGCUGAACUACAGAAAGCAGUGAACGAUGGCCGAGGAGAACAUGAGAUGACUUUUUCCCUUAUGAAACCACCAAAUGCAUCAAAUUCUAAUUUAGCAAAUGCUGGCAAAAACUUGAAUGCCUACAGGGCAGAAGAGAAGACUCCCAGUACUAAAGUUUGGAACAGAAAUGAGUAUACUCCUCUAAGUAACAGGACAGAUUUAAUAUCUGAUAGUGGAAUUAUUCGAAAGUUUGAGAACCCUUCAAAUACUUUGAAAACUGUUCAGCAGCAAAAAAAAAAAGAUAAUUGUAAUUCACCUCAGCAUAUCAAAACAAGAGCAACUAACCAAACAUAUGCACGUACAGGACAAUGGCCAGUGAAAGCUAACACUGUACCAAGAAGUCUGCAGGAUCAUGGUCUGGCAUAUAAAUUUAACUGCAACAGUCAGCAAAGUAACAUGAAUGAAAAACAAUUUGAUUGUGUUCCAGAAGACAAAAUUCAGGAAGUUUCAUCAUCUGAAAUAAAACCUAAAGAAAAAAGGAAUUCUUUGCGAAUCAUAUCUGCAGUCAUUGAAAGUAUGAAGCACUGGAGUCAAUAUGCUUACAAAACUGCACUAUUAUUUGAAGUUUUAGGCACACUUGAUUCUGCAGUCACAUCUGGAGCAUACGGAGCAAAGAAUUUUCUUUUGAGAGAUGGAAAGGAGAGUCUGCCUUGUGUUUUUUAUGAAAUUGACCGCGAGCUCCCAAGACUAAUUAGAGGUCGAGUGCACAGAUGUAUGGGAAACUAUGACACAAAAAGGAAUAUUUUCAAGUGCGUCUCUGUAAGACCAGCAACUAUUCCAGAACAAAACACUUUCCAAGAAUUUGUUAAAAUUGCAGAUGUUGAGAUGACAGCAUAUGUAAAAACAAUGAAUGAAAUUUAAAACAGUCAAAAUGGUUGUCUGAAACCCAUUUUCAUUCCUUACUACCAAAAAGGCUGGACAUCCUAAAGCAUUUAUCCAAACUAAUACUGAAAAUGUCAUUAAACAAUUGCAAAUAUUACUAUGCUAUGUUAUCCAACAAAUGUUAAUGACAAUAUUUUGUUUCCACUAUUACUUUUAAUAGUUCAUAUUUUCUAAUUAUCUGUGCAGGUUUUGUUAUGUAGCUGAUUAGAUUUUACUGGAAAAAUUCUGAAUUAAAAUGUUGAAGUUGCUUAUAUGUACAUAAUUUAUUUGUAUGAACUGUUCCUGCUUAACUAGGAUCAGUCAAGUUCUAUUUUUCUGGGAAGAAAUGGACAGUUCAAUCAAUUUCAUCAAAAAAAAAAACACAAAACACAAACAACCUCACUAUCCAUGAAUCUCUUUCACUGCAAAAAUCACAAGGAAUACCCCAUUCAUAGUUCUUUUGUCUGUUAUUCCUAGUGGAUUCAGAUCGUUAAAAGCAGAACAGGUUGAUUAGUGACCAGUCAGUGAAGAAAACACUUAAUAGUAGAACUAUCUUUGACGCAUGAGAAGGCGAAAUGAGGCAGAAUCACAGGUGGCUAAAGGGAAUGGAAAAUUCCCUUAUAUCUCAUCUUAUUCCCUUAAUAUCUCAUUUUCAGAGAUGGCCUAAGCGUGCAGGAAUUCUCAAAUAUAUUUUGAAAAUUUAGGCAUCAGGCCCCUACUUCUCUGACACAACUCUGUCUUCCCAAGUAAAUCAUCUACAGACAACUGUUUUCCACUGUUGGUCGUUUUUUUUUUUUUUUUUUUAAAUUUGUUUGUUGCAUAGAAGCAAUCAAUCUAGACCUUUGCCAACAAUUUGAUGAGUGAAAUGUUAUUUCUAAAUUUUAUAAUACCUGUCCAUUUGCAAAUGCAGGUAAUUGAAACAAAACCACAAACCUGACUCUCUCAAGUAGUUCAAGUGUCUUAAAAAAUGAUAUCAAAACUAAUCCAGAUUGCUAUUGCCUUUUAUCUUCAAUUUUUAGAAUUUCCUUCAAUACCUAUUUUCAAAAUGUUGACUGUAUACUUCCUUUAAGUAUUUGUUUGGAUCAAAGUUUAAGUAGCUAACAAACAUCAAGAAAGUUCUCUUUGGCUCUGUGUAAUUUCAUUAAAAUUACUCUUUUGCAGAAAGUAAGAAGAUAGUAUAUUCCACUUCAAUUCCAACUAAUGGGUUCCCUUUCCUUUCUGAAUAACAAAAAUAUGUGUAGAAUAUUUUUUAGAAAUGAACAUAAUAGACAUGGAAGAAAAAUUUCACAGGAUAUAGCUACAUAUUUUAGGUAUUCAUAUGGUUUCCAUUCUUAUGUUAUCAGAUUAUAUUUUUCUUUAAAAACUAUGAAUCAUUAUAACACCUGUAUAAAAUAGCAACAUACCUUGAAGCUGUAGGGACAUUGUUCAAGGACACAUAGGAAGUUGGAGAGAAAUAACUACUUAAACACAGAACUUCCUUUCCUUUGCCAUAGGAACAUCAUCUGAGGGAUUGACUGUGUAUAUGUUUAUGUGUCUUAGCCUUCAAACAUUGACUUUCAUAGAUUAUUCCUGCUGUUUCUGUUUCUUUUUCUCCUUACUUCAAUAGCUUUGUACCAAAUCUGUUGGGAAUUAUUUUUUUUGUGUGUGGUUUGUUUGUGUGUUUGUUGUUUAUUUAUUUAUUUUAAAAAUAAGAUAUCAAAAUACUGAUCAGUGUGAUUUUUUUAUUAUUAUUAUACAGUGUUGGCAAUUGGAAAUUUCACAUUUAAAAUAAUUGAAAUAUUGUAUCCAACAAGUCAAAUACAGAAAACAGUUAAUAUUCUAAAAAGGAGCCAGCUAAUCAACGCAGAAACACAUUAAUGGAAAAUACAGCUUUUAGUUACACUUAAAAAAUUAUAUAUAUUUAGAAUAAAACUUGAACCUGAUCCCAGAAAUUUUUUGACUUUUAACAAGAAAACGCUUUACACAGUUUAACUCGCAGACAGUCUUUAUUUAAAAAAGUGAUCUGUCAGUGUUAGCACAUGUAUUGUUAGCAACACCCUCUAAAUCUGUCAGUUGAGGAGCUAAAGUCACUAACUUAGUUUACUAACUGUAGUAAGAAUCAUUUCCAUUAUCAUCUCUCUGUUCUGUGCUAAGCUGGUUCUGAGCAUGGAUUUUUAAAGGAAAGUUUUGGCUAUCCAGUUGUAAGGGUGAUAUACAUAUACUUGAUUUCCUUUAUAUAUUAUAAAAUAUUAAAGAAAGUUCCAAAUGGAAGCAUUAGUUUAACUCAUAAAAGGUGAAGAAUAUUGCAGAAAGUAGAGUUUGACAAUGCUCACAACAGAAGAGUUUGAGUUUUACAAAGUAAUGGAUUUGGUACAGCGGCAGUUGUAAAUUGUAGGACUCCAUUAUAAAAGUAAGUCAAAGUUACAAAGGAAGCUCGAACUAUGGGACCAGACCUGCAAGUAUGUGUGUAAUCAAUAUCACACAAAUGUAGUUCUAAUGAUUUCAGUUGAUUGAUUGAUGGUUCCACUUCUGCAUAUGUAAAAGUUAUGUUAAGAAACAAUGAUAGGAAUAGAUCAUUUGUGUCUACUAAGUAUGUUAUGGAUGUUAAUAAAAAUCUAAAUUAAUUUUACUUCCAGUAUUUAGAGUUUUGCAAGAAAAAAUAUUUCUACUUUACACUAACAAAUCACUUUUCUAGUGAAACAUUAAGUAACAGUCGUAAACAUUACACAAAACAGAAAAAACCCUACAUAAUACAGUUUAUACACAUUACUUAACAUUUUUCAGUUGUUGAUUUUUUUUUAUCCAUAUUGAUCCUGUCUUGUAUAAUGGUACUAGUGUAAAGGCACAGGUUGGUUAGGAAAGAAAAGCCUGCCUCUCUGUCUCUCUCUACUUCGUGGUGAUGACCUUACCUGUUGUUUGUUAUUCCUCACUUUUCUGACUUUUAUAUGAAAAUUAUCAAUUUCAGCUAUUCUUUUAAAACAAAAGUUAAAGACAUUACUGAAAAGCACAUUACUAUACAGAAAUGAUGGAAAUCUCUUUUGCUUAUUUUAGAGACAUUCCUUCAACAUACUUCAUUAAAUAGUUGGAAGAUACAAUUCCUUAGUGAGAGCAAAACCAUAGUGCUCUCAUUCUCAAUGUACUUAAUUCUACUUCAAAAUCUGUAUUCAAAGAUUAGUAAUGGAACUUACUAAGUUUAUGUGCAGAAUUUGCCUUUAGAGUGCAUGACAACAACAGACCAUUAUCUUGAAAAAUAAUGCAAUGUUCCAUUUAAGUUUAUAAGUUUGAGGAAUGUAAACUAGACUAUAGAAGUCUUUGACGUAUUAAAAUAACACAGUGAUUGUUCAA